AUGGCCCUCGAUCAACCCGACUGGGCAUCAGAAAAGCACAGCAACAACAACGAAUCCAUCAAGAACAACGAUGAAGAAAAAGAAUUAUCAGCGCCAGCCACCGCCAGCACCCCAGCCGAAGCCGAGAAACUGGACCCUGAAAAACAGCCACCACCUCCAGCAGCAACGAUACCACAAGAAGGACCACCCAAUGGCGGCACUAUGGCAUGGCUCCAAGUCCUAGGCUCCUGGAUGUUGUUCUUUAACACUUGGGGUACACUCAACACUUUCGGUGUCUAUCAGACAUACUAUGAGUCUGGCCAGCUCUAUACCGCGUCCUCGUCAGACAUCUCCUGGAUUGGGGCGGUGCAGGCUUUCCUCGUCUUGCUCGUGGGAGCAUUCGUUGGGCCUGUUUACGACAGAGGAUGGUUCCGAUCGUUGCUCCUGGCUGGGACCUUCAUGAUUGUGUUUGGCCAUAUGAUGCUCAGUCUUUGCCAUGAGUUCUGGCAGUGUCUUCUCGCGCAGGGCUUCGUUAUUGGGAUUGGAGGCGGCUGUCUUUUCGUCCCAUCGGUGGCCAUCAUGCCUACAUACUUCACCUCGAAACUCGGUCUGGUCAUCGGUAUCGCGGCAUCUGGCAGUUCCAUGGGCGGUAUCAUAUACCCCAUCAUGUUCUACCGCCUGAUCGACGAGGUCGGUUUCGGCUGGAGCGUGCGAAUUCUAGGCUUUACCGCACUGGCAACCCUCCUCGUUCCAAUUGCAGUCAUGAAGAUGAGAGUGAAGCCAGCGAAGCCUCGCUCUCUUAUCGACUGGUCAGCGUUCACCGACGUACCCUACAUGACGUUCACUUUUGGGUGCUUGAUUGGGUUUAUCGGCCUCUAUGUCGGUUUCUUCUACAUCUCGUACUAUGGACAAGCAACAGGAUACACGGAUGCUAGUCUAUCAUUCUACCUCGUGCCAAUCCUCAACGCUGGCUCAGUCUUUGGCCGAACAUUGCCCAACUGGCUGGCGGACAAGGUUGGGCCCGCCAACGUAAUCAUGCCAGGGUCAAUGGUGGUGGGAGUCGUCCUCCUCUGCUUCCUCGCGGUGCACAACGCCGCGGGAAUGAUCGUCGAGUCACUCUUCUACGGCUUCUUCUCCGGGAUCUUCAUCGCCUUGCCUCCGGUCAUCUUCGUCCAACUUACGAAAGACAAGAGCAAAGUGGGGACUAGAAUUGGCAUGGGUUUCGCCAUUAUUGGCUUGGGGGUACUAGCAGGUGGGCCUGGAGCUGGGGGGAUCAUUGGGAGUGACAGUAACAAUCUACACUGGACGGGGGCCUGGAUUUAUGGAGGUGUCUGCGUUCUCGCCGCGAGUGUUGUCUUCGCUGUUGUGAGAGUCAUGAAGGGCGGGACCAAACUCAUGGUUAAGUCCUAA